AUGGAGGUCGGCAUCGAGGCGGCGCGCUGGGUGGUCGGCAAGGCGCUGGGCUCUGCGGCCGGCGGGGUGCUGGAGGCGUGGGCGGCGAGCUCCGAGCUCGGCACCAACAUCCGCGCCCUCAGGAUGGAGCUGCUGUACGCGCAGGGCAUGCUCAACAAUGCCCGUGGCCAUGGCCACGGCCACGGCUGCGGCCUGGAGGACUUCCACAACCCGGGACUGGAGGAGCUGCUGCAGGAGCUCCGGGGCCUAGCGUACAACGCCGACGACGCGCUGGACGAGGUCGACUACUUCCGCAUCCAGGACGAGCUCGACGGCACCUACCAUGCCGCCGACGAGCAUGAUGGGGGCUGCCUCCGCAACCACGCCCUCAAUGCUCGCCAUGCUGCCAAAGGUAUAGCUAAGAUGCUUGGGAGGAUGUCCUCAUCCCCACGCUCUGCUGGCCGCGGCAACCGUGACGAGCCAAGUGAAGGCACGAGAGGUGUCUCCUGUGGAGCUUGGCCAUGCCGUGGCCAUGGAUCACCUGACGACGACGACGAGCAAGAAGACGAGGCAAGCCGAGGAGUCACAUGUAGAGCUUGGCCGUGUGGGAGGGCUUCAAGGCCGCAGCCCACGCAGCCACGGCUGCAGUCGACCAACCAGGGCAACCGGGAGGAGGAGGUUCAAAAAGGAUGCUUGCAAAAGCUUGCUUCUGGAGCUUGCAACACCGUCAACAUCGUCGGUAAACACCUUCCUUGCAACUCUGUUUCUUCGCCCAACUCCAACAUGGCAUCAAAUGGACGGAGAUUCCUCUGCUGUGUUCGUCCUAAUAACAGGGCACCACAAAGAGAACUCGCCAUAAAAACACCAAAGCUCAAGUUUGAUAGGGUUGAGAUGUCCAAAAAGAUAAAAGAGAUCACAGAACAGUUAAAGCCUGUGUGAGCCAAGGUAUCCACAAUUCUUAAUCUUGAGUUAUUGGACUCCAACCGCAGCAUUGCCCAAUGCAUUGCUACAAGCCUCGACACAAUGCUUUCUAAUAAGCAAGGUCGGAUACCUGUGCCCACACAUAGUGCUGCUAAAAGUCGACCCAUGACCACAGCAGAGCUUAUAGAGCCUAAAAUUUAUGGCAGAGAGGAUGAGAUAAAUAAGAUUAUAUAUGACAUCACUAAGGGUGAUUAUUGUGAUAAGGACCUCACAGUGCUUCCGAUAGUUGGUCCAGGGGGCAUUGGAAAGACAACUCUAAUACAAGUCAUAUAUAAAGAACUUCAACACCACUUUGAGGAAAAGGUUUGGGUAUGUGUGUCUACCACAUUUAGUGUGUACAGACUCACACAAGAGAUUGUGGAUAAUAUGAAUCUAGGAAAAAAUGAUAGUCCAGAGAAGCUGAUUGAAGAAAAGUUGAAGUCCAAGAAGUUUUUGCUUGUAUUGGAUGAUAUGUGGAGUUGUAGUGGUGAUGACUGGAGAAGGUUUUUAGUGCCCUUCAGAAAAGGACAAACAAAAGGGAGCAUAGUUCUAGUCACAACUCGGUUUCCGGUAGUAGCACAAAUGGUUAAAACAACUAACAGAUGGAUAGAUCUGAAAUCUAUAGAUAGUGAAGCAUUUAAAGAUUUAUUCCUAGCCUAUGUCUUUGGUGAUAAAAACUCAAGUAAUGAUCAUAGUGGAUUACUUAACGUUGGUUUUAAGAUAGUGGAAAAACUAAAGGGCUCCCCUCUUGCAGCAAAAACUGUUGGAAGACUAUUGAAAAAAAACCUUGAUCUGGAUCACUGGAACAGAGUCCUUGAAAGUAAGGAAUGGGAAUUAGAAACUGGUGAAAAUGACAUUAUGCCAGCCUUGAAGCUAAGCUAUGACUAUCUCCCCUUCCAUCUGCAACAUUGUUUUAGCUAUUGUGCUUUGUUUCCUGAGGAUUACAAAUUUAAGGCAGAAGAGCUAAUUCACUUAUGGAUAGGUCUUGAUAUUUUGCAUUCACAUGGGGAAAAUAGAAGGAUUGAAGAUAUUGGGCUAAACCAUUUGAUAGAAUUGAUUAAUUCUGGAUUUUUUAGAAAAGAAGAAGACGGUGAUGGUAAAAUCACUUGUUAUGUUAUUCAUGAUCUACUACAUGAAUUAGUGCUAAAAAUCUCAUCACACGAAUGCCUUAGCAUAAACAGUGCUAAUGUGGGAUCCACACAAAUUCCACCAUCGAUUCGUUACUUAUCCAUCAAUAUAGAUGAUACAAGUGUUAAAGAUAAAAUAACUUUUGAUACAUGUCAGAAGGAUCUUAGUACACUAAUUAAAAGAUUGAAAGUUGGAAGCCUACGGUCUUUUAUGCUAUUUGGUAAAUGUCAAGAUAGUUUUGUGAAUACUGUUGAUGGUUUUCUCAAGGAGGCAAAAGCACUUCGUGUUAUUUUCCUAUCCAAUGCAAGUUACCAUUCAGAAGUUUUAUUGCACAACUUGUCAUAUUAUGUCCACCUUCGCUACCUUCGAAUCCAGAGUCCUUUCGGAACAAUAAUAUUACCCAACAUUAUCUCAAGAUUUUAUCACCUAAGGGUCCUAGAUCUACGACAAUGCUUCCAUGCAGCUUAUUCAACUAAUGAUAUGUGCAACCUUGUAAAGCUACGUCAUUUUCUUGUUGAUGAUAGUAAAAUGCACUCUAGUAUUUGUGAGGUGGGAAAAUUAACAUCACUACAAGAGUUAAAAACAUUUGUUGUAAAAAAGGAAAGUCAAGGUUUUGAAUUGAAACAGCUAGGACAUUUGACAGAGCUUUGUGGACUAUUGGCAAUUAGAGGUCUUGAGAAGAUUGAACUAAUGGAAGAAGUAGAUGAUGCAAAAUUAAUUAAAAAAACCCACUUACGUGAGUUAAUAUUACAUUGGGAUAGUGGUCAUUCCAACAAGAACCCUACACUAGAAGAACAUGUUCUCGAAAGCCUUAAGCCAAGUGGCAAUAUUUUAAAGCUUUGUAUUAGUGGGCAGUGUGGCAUGACCUGCCCCUCAUGGCUUGGCGCAAACCUCUCAGUUCCAAAUUUGGAAAGUUUCCAACUUUAUGAUGUUUCUUGGAAAUCCCUUCCACCUCUAGGAGAGAUGUGGCUGACCGAUGAACAAGGUAAAGAGUACCAGAGUUGUAUAACAAGCCAAAGCUUCAAUAACCUGAAGCGGCUUGACCUAAUUAAGAUACCAAAAUUGAAAAAAUGGAUUGGAAAUGGCCCUUGCGAGUUGUUCUCUCACUUAAAAGUGCUAAUCAUUAGAGACUGUCCUGAACUCACAGAGUUGCCGUUCACACAUCAUACUGGAUGUGAGGCAGAGCAUGAGGAUCACAUGACUUGGUUUCCUAAACUUGAGCUAAUUGAGAUUGCAUGUUGUCCAAAUCUGUCAUCAUUGCCUUGUAUUCCUUGGUCUAGUGCCAUGUGCUUGGUCACGAUUGAACAUGUUGGUUCAACUUUGGAGUGUUUGAAUUUAGUGAGAAACUAUAUGUCUGAAUAUCGUUUGCGAAUCAAGGGGAAGGAUGAUUUGGAUAAUUCAUUUUGGAGGGUAUUAUCCUUUCAUAACCUUUCCAAACUAAAAGUGUUGGAGGUCACGAUCACGAGAUGCCCUCCUCUAUCCCUGGAUAACCUCCAAAUGCUAUCAUCUCUUAAGACCAUCAAGAUAAGUGAUAUGAGUAAUGCAUUUCUGGUGCCGGAAGGUGAUGGCCAAGUCGGAUACCAAUUUCCAGUUGAAAGCCUCAGCAUCAACCAAAGUGGUACUACAGGAGAGGCACUGACCCGUCUGUUAUCUUACUUCCCAAAGCUCCAUGACCUGGAGAUCGAAGGUUGUGAAAUGUUGACAGGGUUAAGAGCUGUGAACCAACAGAAGAAGACGGGAGCACUAGAACGGCUGGUGACAUCUUCAGUCAUCGAAUUAGAAAAGGAGGCACAGAUUGUACCGCUGGAGCAGCAGCAAUAUGACACAAGCGGAGAGGAGGACAUCGCAGCAGGAGGAGCAUCAUCAUCAUCAGAAGGACUACUGCUGUUGCCACCCCAACUACAUAAUUUGCAGAUCUCGAAGUGUCCAAAUCUGGUCCUCUGCACUAAUUCACUCAACUACGAUAAAGAUGACGAACAAACUGGAAGUCAAGGAGGGGGGCUCCAAGGUCUGCGCUCCCUCCGAUCGUUGGUGAUAAAUGAUUGCCCUAGGUUCCUCUCCUAAUAUUCGCUAUCCUCCUCUUCUUCGUGUCCCCCCUUCCCAACCUCUCUGGAACGACUCUAUCUUUUCGGCGCGGUGGGCACAGCAACCCCGUUGCCUCUCUCAAACCUCGCCUCUCUCACAGAUUUAACCAUAUGGGGAUGUGAGGAUUUAAGAGCCCAAGGUCGUCUCACCAAAUUAACCGUCCGUGGAACCCCCAAUUUCUUCGCUGGUCCCGAGCCCCCGCAGCCCCACGAACAAGAGUUCUCAUCCUCUUCCUCCAAACUGCAGGAGCUUGAGACAGAUGACGUCGCGGGCGUCCUUGCUGCGCCCAUCUGUACCUUGCUCUCUUCCUCGCUCACCGAAUUGAGCUUUUACAAGGACGAAGAGGUGGAGCGCUUCACAAAGGAGCAAGAGGACGCCCUUCAGCUCCUCACCUCUCUCGAGGACAUCACAUUUUCGGACCGCGACAAGCUCCAGUGCCUUCCUGCAGGGCUUAAUGGACUUCCCAACCUCAAGAGAUUAAGCAUAUACAAUUGUCCAGCCAUCCGGUCACUGCCCAAGGAUGGCCUCCCAAGUUCACUGCAAGAGUUGGAGAUAUACUACUGUCCAGCCAUCCAGUCUCUGCCCAAGGACUGCCUCCCUAUUUCACUGCAGAAAUUAGAGAUCCAUAGCUGCCCAGCCAUUCGAUCACUGCCCAAGGUGAAUGACCUUCCAAGUUCACUGCGAGAAUUGAGUGUCUGGGGUAGCGAAAGCGAGGAGCUAAGAAGGCAGUGCCGCAAGUUGAUUGGAAUCAUUCCAGUUGUCUACGCCUGACUAAGCCAAGGGUCUCGUGUUCAAAUUGUACAUUCUUCUAACCUCUGGAUUCUCACUGUAUCUAUACACGGUUCUGGUUUGUCAAGCAUGAACAUCUCAGGAUUAACUAACACCCUGUACGCAAAACUGGGCUCUUGUUUAAAUUUACAUUCUUCUAACCUCCGGACUUUAUAUACACAUGAUUCUGUGUUGAAGUAUGAAUAUCUCAGGAUGUGCCUAGCACCUUGCACAUAAAACUGCUGGUUAGUAUCCUAUAUGCAGAGUCACCCUAUAUAUAGUGCAAAACAUGCUUCAACUACUUUCAGUUGUCAUAGUGCACUGGUACAAAAAUAAGAUGCAUCAACAGUAUGUUAAUUCAUUUGUUUAAAGAAAUACUAUAUAAAAUCUUGUUUUAUUUAUUUGUUCUGUCGAACAUUGGUUUUGUUAGUUUACAAGAACGUUACUCCUCAGAUUGUAGAACCUUGUUUAACUACUUGCCUUUCGUUUUUCCUGAUGUGUUGCUGCAGAAAAUAUUGCAUCCUUAUGUUUUUAUCUCUGAGAGUACUUACUAGUUCUGAACUCUGUUAUCCUAGUUUUCACAAUGGUGGGUUGAUUUGUUUUACCAACAUGGUAAUUUGCCAUCUGCUUAUUUGUAUUUCAAGUUAGCAUAACUAGUGGACUUUGAUGAACCUUAUGUCUAUAUGUAUUCUUAGUAUCUGCAGCAUCCAUAGAGACGAGCUAACCUCAAAUAAUUCCAUUCUGUCACUUCUAUCUGUAAAUCAUUGCCAUUGGAGCCUUCUUACUAAUAUAAUGGCACAACUCUGUGAUCAUACUAUACUAGUGCAAGUGCACAAGGGAAGGUCAAGCCUUUGAGCUGUAUAUCCUAGUCCUGGUGACUUUUUCUGAAAACACAAUUUUUGCGCACUAGGGAAUUAGUGCUGUUACAAAAUCCUUCAACGAAGGACUGCAGUUUAUUCUAAUAUAAUGUUAAUAAGCUAGCACGAGCUUUUUCUAACAGUUGCAAGUGACAACUGGCGACAGUAAGAGUUCAACUGAUGACACGGGUAUUUAGCCAAGUGUGGCACUAGUUCAUCAAAGGGCAAUUUGAGAUAAAUUGAAUCUUUUGAACUUUGCUGAUGUAAGGAGAAUCUCGAGAGGACACAUCCGUGGCCGGCUACAACAUCCCAGCAGGCAUGCGCGUUCUCGUCAGUGCCUGGGCCAUCGGCCGGGAUGCUGGCAGUGUGGGGGGACGAGACGCCGGCGAAUUUAGGCCGGAGCGCUUCUUCAUCGUGAAUGCCAACGGGAUGUUGAGCAACAACGUGGAUGUCAAGGGCCAAGACCGAGAGCUGCUGCCUUUUUGGGUCGGGUCGCAGGAUGUGCUCUGCCGGGGCGUGGAGCUACAGGACCUGAGCAUGGAGGAGAAGUAUGGGAUGGAUCAAGGAUGUGUGCCGCAGGGAGCCGCUGCAGGCUAUCCCUGAGCCCAAGCUUUCGGAUCACCUCUAUUCUGGUUCCGGGCCGUGAUGCAUGCAUGCAUCCUUCAUCCUUGCUUGUCAGCCCCUCAGCACCAGAAAUUAAGGAGUACCGAACAAGGUUGUUCUUGGCUGAAUGGCAGGAUGGAACCCAAUCGAAGGCAGCACGUUACGAUCUACGUACUGUCGUAUACUAUUUGAGAUGCAUCGUGAUCACGUCAUUCGAAUUUCCCUCCAGUUCAGAGCACAAUAAUUUUUUUUGUUAUGUUAAGUAGGACAUGUCCUGUUAAAUUCGAUAGUUGAGUGGAUUUCAUCUGGUAUGUUUCCGAAUGUAUUGGCCAUGGAUAUCGCCUGAGCGAAAGGAAGGAAUUACUCCAAUAUA